GUUAUAGAAGUCCAUUACUGGCGCCUAUUCACGCGCUGUUAAUCUAAUGUGUCGCACUAUUGAAUAUAAAUUGAUCUAGAGGACUUAGUUUCGGACUGUUUAACGCAGAACUAUUAAAGUAUGAAAUUCAGUCGGACUAUUCUCCCCCUUCUCUUCAUUGUUGGGAUAUUGUUCAGUUUGUUUUUACCAUCAGAGGGUCGACGAAGAUGGUACGGAGGAUCGCUAGGAUAUCGUGGUUAUGGCGGCUUUGGUUACGGUCGUGGCUAUGGUUACGGUGGUCGUAGAGGCUAUGGUUACGGUGGUCGUGGUCGCUUUGGUUACGGUGGUCGUGGUCGUUAUGGUUACGGUAGAUAUGGCCGUUAUGGUUACGGGAGGCGACGUUACGGCUGAGGAAGUCAUCCAUUGAUUUUCA